AUGGGAACUGUGGUUGGAACUGCUGACGACUGCAGAGAGAUGUUUGAAGGCAAUGUUCAGACAAGAAUCACACCAUUUUCUUCAGCAAACCAGAUUGGAAACCCUGUUACCUACAAGCUUGUCCGGGUUGCAGGAGAUGGAAGGCUAGUGCCUGCGACGGAUGAAGAAAUCUUGGAGGUCAACGAGACAGAUGUGCAUAUUACAACAGAUGCUUGUCAGACUUUAGGUUACCUUCCCACGGAAGGUUUAUCUUCUCGGUUGUCUCAGCUAGAAAGUUCUGAAGCUAUCAGUUCAGGUUUAUUGCAGUCUGACAAUGUGGAACCAUAUACAGAGCAGGUGAAUUCUCGACUUGAGUGUUUUAACGAGGAGAUGUUGCAAAAGGUCGAACAGGAAGAGAGGCUUGUCAUGAUAGAUGGAUCUCAAGUGCCUUCUACUCCUCCGGAAGCCAACAUCUAUUGUUCUAAUGCAAACAAAUUGUUUGAUGAGGAUCAAGUCCACCAUGAAGCUUUGCUACAGGAACCCUUUCUUGUCUCAUCAAAUGUUCAGAAUGGAUGCGAUAUGAAUCAGUCUAACACAGUUGAACCAUGCUCAAACGCAGCGGCUAGUCCCAAAGAAACUGCAUUGCCUGCUGCUGCACAAAAGCCUGAUUUUUCUUUAGUUAGAGGCGAGAUCUGCUUGGAUAAUUUAUCGAUUAAAGCACUGCAAGAAACAUUCAGGGCAACGUUUGGCCGCGAGACGACUGUUAAGGACAAGACGUGGCUCAAAAGGAGGAUAACAAUGGGACUUGUUAAUUCCUGUGAUGUGCCAAUAACUAACCUGACCAUCAAAGAUAACAAGCUACUUGGAAAUCAAGAAAAGUCCAAUGAUGUUAGCGAGGAUAUGGGGGACCUUAAAGAUGCACCAUCUGGUAAUGAUCAUAUGAAUGGAAAUUCAAAAGCUUGUGGCCAUAGUCUCAGUGUCAACAACCACUAUUGCGCAACUGAAGAUUUUUCUUGCGAAGAGAGGGCUGCGAAAAGAGUUAGGAAACCUACAAGAAGAUACAUUGAAGAACUUUCAGAAACCGGUGAAAGACAGCAAAACGACAAGUCAAUGGUUCCUUCAAAAGACCAGAGUCCGUCCGAAAAAUCCGAGGUCAGGUCUAUUAGCGUCUCCUCGGGGAAGAGAGUUACAGUCACCAGGAUGGUGUCCCUUGCUGGAUCUGAGAUUGAGGUUCCUUAUGUCUCUCAUGUCCGGAGAAGCCGUCCAAGAGAAAACAUUAUGGCUCUUAUGGAAUGUCACUCCAGUUGCUUGGAAGCGAGAGCUAGUGCAGGAGAGAGUAACCGGAAUCUGAGCCCGAGCCUAUCUCAGUUAACCAGUGAGGUUGUGAACCGAAGUUCAGUGGUAAAGCCUUCUGGACCGGUCCACAAAGAAUUUGCUACAAGUCACAACAGCAACAACGAGGAGGAGCAUAUUCUCUCGGAGGUUGAUCAAGACAUGGAGCCGGAGCACAUGGACUCGUCUGGAAAUAGCUCGGAUGACAACAGUAACACUGGCGCACCAAUCAUGCAAGGUGUGGUGGGACUUAGAAGGAAGCAUCAUCGAGCUUGGACUCUGUCCGAGGUUACAAAAUUAGUGGAGGGUGUGUCCAAGUAUGGAGCCGGGAAGUGGUCUGAAAUCAAAAAGCUUUCCUUUUCAUCUCAUUCAUAUCGAACCUCUGUAGAUCUCAAGGACAAAUGGCGAAAUCUUCUGAAAGCAAGCUUUGCUCAGAGUCCCUCAAACAGCAUGGGAAGUUUCAAGAAACAUGGAUCGAUGAACAUUCCUAUGCAGAUUCUGUUACGGGUGAGGGAGCUCGCGGAGAAGCAAUCGCUGGUUCCACCGAUGAGCAAGGUUGUUUCGAGGUAG